ACUGCUCUGUAUCUUUCUCGUCUUUCCUCAUAAUCAGACCCUUUCAGUCAAUGUCCGACACACGAUCCAGCGACGAAUCGCAACCUGACAUCCCCUCUGAUGCUUCGAAUGCAGAAUAUGGGGUGUCUCAAGCGUCCAAUGCUGCUCAACAUCUGCGAUUCAUCACGCACGACACCAUCACCGAUGAGGGCCAUCGACGACUGGAUAAGGAUGUGAUGGAAUCGGAGGCCCUAGAACUAUUGAUGCGUCACGGGUUCAUUAUACCUGGACAGUCUCUUCAGGAUGAGAGCAGCGGCCGUGACUACUGCCCGGAUAUCUUGGCCAAAAUAUGUGCAACUGCUGCAGGCGAGGGGACGUUGGAUCUCAAUGCCACAAAGGCAAAAGAAUUGAUAUCACAGCAUCCUCGACUGGGCGAGAUGAUCGAUAGAUCGUGGGUCGAGGGGAAAGGAUUCAAGGAUAUACGGCGCUUGGUGCUUCUCAGGCGUGAAAUUCCGCAUGACAUGUCCAAUAUCCAAGGCAAGCCAGGCGACUAUCUAUACGAGGCGAGCGUAAAAGCUACGGAAAAUUCCUGGAAGCAACGCUUCGCAGGCCGCGCUCAUGUCGCGCUGAAAAGCCACAUCAUGCACUAUCAGACGAGCAUCACCAACUCUUAUGCGCCUCACUGCGCCAUCGUUCAAUCAACCGGAACAGGAAAGUCGAAAACUGUCGACGAGUUCAGCAAGCACGAUUUUGUCAUACCGAUAAAUCUCAGGAAACCUAGAGCUGGAGGCUUUCCUGCUUCCGACGAACGGGUGUAUGACUUUCUUGAGCCCGGAUACCUCAGCUCUAUGAGCCCGGAUUUACUAUGGGCUCACAUGAACGCCUUCAUGUUCGCGCUGCUCGAGAAAUGCGAGAAGGUUAUCGUGGCUGCCAUGCUUAUCCAAGGUGAUAGCCAUGAAACCAGGCUUGCUUGGCUUCGUAACGAAGGCGCUGCGUGGUUUCGGGAAAUGAUGACCGAGGGCCAAACAGUGCGCGCUCAAGGCGAAUACCGCGUGAAAUUCUACGAAGACGUGGUCAAUCGGGCUCAACAGCUGUCCGACGACGCCGCUCGUGCGCUCAAAGCUCGCUCAGCGCUCACGUUCAUGAAGAGAGGAUCCUCCCCCAUCCAGAUACAGUUCGCCAGCGCAGCGGAUCGUUCUGUCGUAGCGAAGGCAGAGUCUCUGAUCCGCCAUUGGGGCUUUUCAAACAAGAAGCUAGACGCUCCUAUCGUCUACUUGGCUUUCGACGAAGCUCAUUCACUCUCCAGACCCGAUGCGCAACCGACUGCUCCGAUAGUCUUAUCCCCAUUCUCUCAUCUUCGCAAGAUUCUGCGGUCCUGCCGCGACUUGCCUCUGUUCGCCAUUUUCCUCUCCACCACCGGCAAGAUCACCCAAUUUGUUUUGCCUAAAGAAGACGACGAUUCUGAUCGGUUGCAGAGCGGAGAGCUCGUUUUAAUUCCUCCAUUCUGUGCUCUUGGCUGGGAUCAGUGCGCCGCCCCCUUCCCCAAUCAAAUGGAUUUGUCAUAUGUGUCUUCUCUAGCUUAUAAAGCUCGUCUUGGUCGUCCUCUCUUUGCUUCUCGUUACGCAGCAGGCCUGCAGCUUGAAGAAAUGGAGCGCGAAGAGCUUCUGAAGUCUCUGGUCGAGUUUGCGGCCAAAAAGCUGAUCAAAUUUGACCUCGCAUCUUGGCCCUCUGAGCUUAGUCCCAAACAGGAACUAGCAUGUUUAUCCGCCCGCCUGCCUAUCGAGUUCAUGUCGUCCACCUCGACCGAAUCGACCAGAGACGAGCGGGAUCAAAUCGCCAAUCACAUGCGCGUUUGCCUGUCGGUCGACGAGUCUUUCCGUAAAUUUACGUCGCUCAACCCAUCGGAGCCGAUCGUCUCAGAAGGCGCCUACCUCCUCAUGAACAACAGCAGAAUCCGAUUCCACGCUCCAGCGGCUCUUUCUCGCGUCCUUACAGGCUUUUCUGUGCACCAGGGCGAUCGUGGUGAGCUCGUGGCCCUGCUCGCUCUCACCAUGGCUCGGGACCGCGUCGUCAGCCAGCAAAGGCUGCGCAUCCAGGACGGUGUUUUUGGCGUCGUUCCAUUCCUGGAGGCGCUCGUUACCAGGCCGUCCAAGGAAAGUGAGCGCUUCUGCGACGUCCUGAGGAUCAAGCCAUCCGUUUAUAGAGAUUCAAACGAUAAGAACGUCACCCUCGAAAAAGCGUUUGCCGAAGUCAAUCUUCACUUCAACCACUUCGUGAAGCGGCAACAGCAGAACAACCUCGACGAGGAAACCACCAAGGGAUUCAUUGCCCGAUGCGCGGCGAUAAUGGCUGCUAACAGUCAAGGCGGAUACGACGCGGCGUUAAUCACGGUCCGUGGGAACGCGGUCGUGGUUCAAAAGACGAGAGGUUUGAUUAUCAUCCAGGUCAAAAACGACACACACUACACUGCAACAGUCGAACCCUUACUUUUCGACAAGAUGGAUCCCGUCUCGAUGGGCUUUAUCGGUCCUAAGCAGACGCUUGAAACGCCAAUCAUACGAGUCGUGUUCGCUUUGGCGGCCGCACGCCCCGCCAUUCGCUACGUUCAAACUCAGAAACAGGGCAACUUCACGUCUUACGAUAUUUGGAUCGCGGGUCUAAGCCCAGAGGUGCUUGCAGUCAUUGCCAAGCAAGAUCAAGCGAUCUGGGACGCGUUGCUUUCUGCGUCGAGGGGGUGGGACAAGAUGUAUCAACACUGGGAUCCGACUACGGCGUCGCUGCUGAAGAACAUGGCGCCUAUGGUCGCGGAUGCGGAGGACUUCUGGGGAUUCCGCAAUCGAAAGCAUGAGGACGAUUGAUUACCCCUCUUCCUCGAUGGUCAUUCUCAAUUUUUUUUGGUUGGGUUUUGUUUUUGACUGUGUUUUGCUCUGGCUUCGCGCUUUCGUGCUCUCAGACCUCUUCUUCUUUUGCGCCACCUACUUUGUCACGAGCCACAUUUUAUGUACACCCUCCCCUCUCGUAAAGUAGUGCUCUAAACAUCGACAGGUAAAGUGCGCUGGGAUUGCCUCAAACCCCGUCAUUUC